ACAUAAUGGAAGGGCUCCUGGAUGCAGAAGAGUUUUGCUGUUCAAUCUGCCUGGAUUUGCUGAAAGAUCCAGUGGCCAUUCCAUGUGGGCACAGCUACUGCAUGGAAUGCAUUAAUGAUUAUUGGAAGAAAAAUGAUCAUGUGGGGGUCUUCAGCUGUCCUCAGUGCGGACAGACGUUCAGCCCCAUGCCUGUUUUAAACAGAAAUACCAUACUGGCAGAAAUGGUGGACAAGCUGAAGAAACUGGAACUUCUGGGCGACUCUCAGAUUUACGACAACUGUGUGCCAGGUUAUCUGACCUGUGAUUUCUGUACAAGUAUCAAACAAAAAGCUGUGAAGAGCUGUUUGGUAUGUUUGGCAUCUUACUGUCAAAAUCACCUUCAAGCACACUACAAAUCUCCCGCCUUGAAGAAACACAAGCUGAUCGAAGCCUCCGUGAACCUGCAGGAGAAGAUCUGUCCUCAUCACGAUAAAUAUUUGGAGAUGUAUUGCCGAACUGAUCAACAAUGCAUAUGCCUUUUGUGUGUGAUGGAUGACCAUAAAGGUCACGAUACAGUACCAGCAGCUAUGGAAAGCACAAAGAAACAGAAAGAACUAGGCAUGACACGACAUAAAUACAAGCUCAAAAUCCACGCUAAAGAAAAGGACCUACUGGAGCUUAAACUGGCUGUAGACGCCCUGAAAACCUCUGCACAGACUGCUAUGGAAAAUGGCGAACAGAUCUUUACUGAGUUGAUUCAGUUUAUUGAAAGGAGGAGGAGUAAAUUCAGAGAUCUGAUCAGAGACCAAGAGAGAGCUGCAGAGAGCAUGUUGCAGACACUGGAGCAAGAAAUCACAGAGCUCAAACAGAGAGAUCAUGAGCUUGAGAUGCUUCUAAAGUCUGAAGAUCAUGUUCAUGUUCUUCAGAACUGUCAUUCGUUCUCUUCCGGCCUUCCUGACCCACCCUUCACAAUAGCUACACUCUCCGAUUUUGGCAAGGUGAACGACGCAGUAGCUGCUCUAAAGAAGAAGCUUGAAGAUGUCUUUAAAGGGGAAUGGCUCAGGAUCUAUCAAGCAGCAAGAUCAAUGAAGAUCCUUCACUGCACGGUGCCCAAAAUUAGACCAGAGUUUCUGCACCAUUCCUGCCCGCUGCAACUAAAUCCUUUAACAGCCCACAAAGACCUUAGUUUGUCCAAGGGGAACAGAGAAGUGGCCGUUCGGAGCCGAGUGCAAUCCUGCCCCGACCACCCGGAGCGCUUUGAUUACUGGUGCCAGGUGCUGGGCACUGAGGGCUUGACAGGCUGCAGCUACUGGGAAGUGGAGUGGAGCGGGAUGGGAGUAAACAUUGCAGUCGCAUACAAAAACAUUGCCAGGAAAGGGGAAAGCGGUGAAGCUCAUUUCGGCCAUAAUGACAAAUCCUGGAAUUUGUUCUGCAGCAGGAAAGGUUAUGCUUUCUGGCACAACGGGAUCGUCAGUAAGAUCUCAGAGCCUGGGUCGACAAAGAUUGGCGUUUAUCUGGAUCACAGGGCCGGGACGCUAGCGUUUUACAGCAUUGAUGACUCAAUGACUCUCCUUCACAGUGUUCACACCACAUUUACACAACCUCUCUACCCUGGCUUUGAGUUUUCAUGCUAUGAUGCCUCAAUCAAGUUGUGUCAGUUGGAGUAAGAGGAAAAGGGGAGGCGCAUUUGGCGUUGGAAAUAAAAGAAUGGGUUAAUGAUUAAAGAUAUAAGAUUAAAUAUAUACAAUAAAGUAGUAAAGAAAUAUGAUAAAACAAAUACAGUGGUAUCCCGCUGUUAGUCCAGUAGUGCUGAGAUGCUAUUAUAGUUGUUGUUAAUAUUUUGAAUUAGAUUUUAAUUUAUAUUUUCGGCUUUAAUGUUAAUUUUAGUUUAAGUUUUAGUAACUUUUUGUGUUUUUGUCAUUUUUAUUAGUUUUUGUGUUUGUAUAUGUCUAUAGUUUUUAUUAAUUUUUUAUUUCAUUUUUAGUUGUUUUAGUAUAUCAAGUUAAAGUAGUUAAAACUGAGAAAUGUUGUCUUGAAAAAUACUGUAGGUAAAAAAACAAACAAACUAAUAUAUACACUGCCAUUCAAAAUUUGGAAUCAGUGAGAUUUUUAAUGUUUUUUAAUGGAGUCUCAUGCCCAUCAAGGCUGCAUUUAUUUGUUCAAAAGUACAGAAAAAAAUGUAAUAUUGUAAAAUAUAAUUGCAAUUUAUAAUAUUGGUUUCCUAUUUUAACAUACCCUUAAAAUAUAAUUUAUUUCUGUGAUGCAAGGCUGUAUUUUUACCAGACAUUAUUUCAGUCUUAUGUGUCAUAUGAUCCUUCAGAAAUCAUUCUAAUAUGCUGAUUUAUUAUCAAUGUUGGAAACAGUUGUGCUGCUUAAUAUUUUUUUGGAACCUGUGAUUCUUUUUCAGGAUUCUUUGAUGAAUAAAAAGUUAAAAAAGAACUGCAUUUAUUUAUUUAUUCUAAGUAUUAAGUCUUUGCUAUCACUUUUUUAUCUAUUUAACUUCCUUGGUGAAUAAAAGUAUUAAUUUAGAAAAAAUAUACUGACUCCUAACUUUGGAAUAAUAGUGUAUGUUAACAUAAAAUGUAUAUUUUGAAUAAACAAUGUUAUUUUUAACUUUUUGUUUAUCAAAGAAUCCUGAAAAAAAUAUCACAAAUAUUAUGCAGCACAACUGUUUUAAACAUUCAUUAUAAAUCAGCAUAUUAAAAUGAUUUCUGAAGGAUCAUGUGACACUGAAGACUAGAGUAAUGAUGCUGAAAAUUCAGUGUUGCUUCACAAGAAUAAAUUAUAUUCUAAUGUACAUUAAAAUAGAAAACUGUUAUUUUAAAUAGCAAUAAUAUUUUACAAAAUUACAGUUUUUUUCUGUAUUUUUAAUCAAAUACAGCCUUAAUGAGCACGAGAAACUUCUUUAAAAAUCAUUACAAAUCUUACUGAUCCCAAACUAACAAUAUAGAUAGAUAGAUAGAUAGAUAGACAGACAGAUAGAUAGAUAGAUAGAUAGAUAGAUAGAUAGAUUUCUUUUUCAGUCAGCCAAAAAAUCCUGACACAUUUAUAUCUAUGAUCAUCUCUUUCCAUUUUAACUACUCACACAGUAAAUUGCUGUUAUUUCUGUCUGUGGAAUGUCCCUUGAGGUAUAUAUUGUCUGA